CUAGCUAGAUCCUCCUAGCUCAACUCAGUUUCUCUCAAUUCUAUCCCAUAUAUACAUACCUCAUCUGAACAUACAUACAUGGGAAUAAAAUAAGACCAAGAAGAAGAAAGAAAAUGCACCCAAAGACCCCCCUCCUCGCCCUCCUCCUCACUCCACUAACAGCAUCAUCCCUCACCAUCCCAUUCCCAUUUACUACUACUACUUCCUCCCAGCAAAUCCUCGUCCCCUCCGACCUUGAAAUCUGCCCCUUAGCCCCCAAAAUUACCCCACCAAACGAUGGUCUCCUCCCCAGCCUCCGAUUCCUCGAAGACAACGCCUUCCGCGCCCGCCAGGCAAACCGCCUCUCGAGAGCCGUACAAGUCCCCACAACAGUGACAGAUUACAUGCGAGAUCCGUACGAUGAGGGAUUCGCCCCGUUCGUCGAGUUCCAGGAGCUGUUGGAACGGCUUUUUCCUGUUACCCACGCAAAGGCAAAUGUAUCCCACAUAAACCGCCUAGGUCUUCUCUACACCCUCCCCGGCACCGAUCCCACCCUAAAACCCCUCCUCUUCACAGCCCACCAAGACGUCGUGCCCAUCAACGAUCCCCGGGAUUGGACGCACCCGCCUUUCGCGGGGUUCUUCGACGGGACCUGGGUAUGGGGACGGGGCGCCAGCGAUUGCAAGAACGUGCUUAUCGGACUCCUUUCCGUCGUCGAGGAUCUGCUGGAGCAGGGGUGGAGACCGACGCGGACGGUGCUGCUUGCGUUUGGGUUUGAUGAGGAGUCGCAUGGGUUUCUUGGGGCGGGGGCGAUUGCCGAGUAUUUGGAGGGGGUGUAUGGCGCUGAUGGGGUGGAGUUUGUGUUGGAUGAAGGGGGGAUGGGGAUUGAGGAGGUUGAGUCUUCCUCUCCUUCUUUUGAGGAGGGUGGAGUGAGGGACAAAGAGGGCGGUGGUGGAGUCGUGUAUGCGCUUCCCGGCGUGUCGGAGAAAGGGAGUGUUGAUCUCGUCUUUACGCUUUCUGUGCCGGGCGGGCAUAGUUCGAUUCCGCCCGCGCAUACGGGGAUCGGGAUUCUGUCGGAGAUCAUUUAUAGCCUUGAGGGGCAGGAGCUGUUCUCGCCGCGGUUGUCCGAUAGUCAUCCGUCGCGCAAGAAGCUGGAGUGUCAGGUACGGCAUUCGCCGGGGAGUGUUGAGCCUUGGCUUGCGGAUGCGCUGGCGUCGAAUGAUCAUGUCUCGACGGCGGAGAGACUGGCGCGGUCGCGGGGCGAUAAGUUCCGGUAUAUCUUGCAGACGUCGCAGGCGGUGGAUAUCUUCCAUGGAGGCGUGAAGACGAAUGCGCUGCCGGAGCAUGUGCAGGCGGUGGUCAAUUAUCGGGUCGCCUUGCACGAGACGCCUGAGGCGGUCAUGGAUCGGGCUGUGGGGGUGGUUGGACCCAUUGUCGACAAGUAUAAUCUGACUCUGGCCGCGUUCCCGGAGGAAGAGCCAGAGGGCAAGUUGAAUCAUUUGACCAUCUCAACGCUGAGUGGUGCCUUGUCGCCAGCUCCGGUCAGUCCCACGGACACCGGCAAGGAUGCCGUCUGGACGCGGUUUGCUGGUGUCACCCGCUCGGUGUUUGAGUCGGUGCCGAGUUUGAAAGGCAAGACCGUGGUUGUUAGUGGCGAUAUCAUGACUGGCAAUACAGAUACCAGAUUUUAUUGGAAUUUAUCCCGGAAUAUCUAUCGGUGGAGCCCGUCGCGCAUUGGCGGUACGCUGAAUAUCCAUACCGUUGAUGAGCGGGUGGCCAUCGAUGUGCAUUUGGAGGCUAUGGCUUUGUAUUAUGAUCUCAUUCGAGCUUUUGAUGCGUGGAAUAGCUCAGUCGAGCCCACUCACGAUUUGUAGACAACCGGAGAUGCUGAAAUAACGCUACCUGAUAUUGAGAUAGUCGAAUAUUUAAUCAGCCCAGGGAGGUGCAUUGGUGAGGCAACGCUAAGCCUACAGACACUAUCGGUAAAAUAUCCUGUCGACUCCACGAAUGUACAAAGCGUCAAAGAUAGUAACCAAUUUGUAUCUUCAGGCUAAAGUGAGAACUGUAUAUAUGCG